AUGGCUUCUAAGAUCGCCAGUACUAUGGUCAUGUACGUAUUCAUACUGGCACUCCUUGCGUAUUCAGAUGCAAGGCGUUGUACACAACACCCAGUUAAGGAUCCAGAUUGCAUCGGUCGAAUUAACAGAACCUGUGUUAAAUGUUGCAAUGCGGAAGGCUACCGUCAUGGAGUAUGUGCACCCACAUGCAAAUGCUCUCACUGCGGACCUGAAUCCCGUCCUGAUGAACGUGCAAAAAAACAGUGA